AAACCCUCUCUGUGCUCCUCCAGGCGGGCACAGUGGCCUCCUAGCACGACCCUCCUGUGGGAACAGAAGCCAAGCCUGGCUGCCCUGGAUCGCUGGGCUGUGUGCCCGGCCCUGGCUUCUGGCUGUGAGCUGCUGAGACAGACAUUUAUGCUGAUUGAUCUUCUUCACUCUCUCCCUCACCUUCUCCUUCUGAGGUGUUCCCUGUGGGUGUGCAGCGCGAAUGCUUCUCUGUGUCCUGCUCUGAGCUCUGCUGUUGUGUGCUGUGAGGGGACCUCACGGAAAUGCUGAAAUCAAGACAUGGAUGCAGUGACUUUUGAUGAUGUGCAUGUGAAAUUCACUGAGGAAGAAUGGAAUUUGCUGGAUCCUUCCCAGAAGAGUCUCUACAAAAAUGUGAUGCUUGAAACCUACCUGAACUUCAAAGCUAUAGGCUAUAAUUGGGAAAACUAUCAUCUUGAAGAACAUUGUCAAAGUUGUAGAAAACAUGAAAGGCAUGUAAGAAGAUAUACUGGAGUGAAACUCUAUGAGUGUAAUAUAUGUGGUAAAGCCUUUACAAGAUCAAGUCAUCUCCAAUAUCAUAAAAUACCACAUACUGGAGAGAAACCUGAUGAAUAUAAUCAAUGUGGUAAAGCCUUUGCAAGACCCAGUGAUUUCCAAAAACAUAAAAUGACACAUACUGGAGAGAAACUUUAUGAAUGUAAUCAAUGUGGCAAAGCCUUUGCAGAUCCCAGUCAUCUACCAAGACAUAAAAGAUCACAUACAGGAGAGAAACCUUAUAAAUGUAAUCAAUGCGGUAAAACAUUUGCACAGCGCAUUCAUCUCCAAAGACAUAAAAGAACACAUACUGGAGAGAAACCUUAUGAAUGUAAUCAAUGUGGUAAAGCUUUUGCCUAUUACAGUAAUCUCCGAUAUCAUAAAAGAACACAUACUGGAGAGAAACCAUAUGAAUGUAAUCAAUGUGGUAAAGCCUUUGCACAGCGCAUUCAUCUCCAAAGACAUAAAAGAACACAUACUGGAGAGAAACCUUAUGAAUGUAAUCAAUGUGGUAAAGCCUUUUCAAGACCCAGUGAUUUCCAAAAACAUAAAAUGACACAUAUUGGAGAGAAACUUUAUGAAUGUAAUCAAUGUGGUAAAGCCUUUGCAGCUCACAGUUAUCUACAAAGACAUAAAAGAUCACAUACAGGAGAGAAACCUUAUAAAUGUAAUCAAUGCGGUAAAACGUUUGCACAGCGCAUUCAUCUCCAAAGACAUAAAAGAACACAUACUGGAGAGAAACCUUAUGAAUGUAAUCAAUGUGGUAAAGCCUUUGCACUUCACCGUUAUCUCCAAAGACAUAAAAUGACACAUACUGGAGAGAAACCUUAUGAGUGCAAUCAAUGUGGUAAAGCCUUUGCACAGCGCAUUCAUCUCCAAAGACAUAAAAGAACACACACUGGAGAGAAACCUUAUGAAUGCAAUCAAUGUGGUAAAGUUUUUACCUAUUACAAUAAUCUCCGAUAUCAUAAAAGAACACAUACUGGAGAGAAACCAUAUGAAUGUAAUCAAUGUGGUAAAGCCUUUGCACAGCGCAGUCAUCUCCAAUAUCAUAAAAGAACCCAUACCGGAGAGAAACCUUAUGAAUGUAAACAAUGUGGUAAAGCCUUUACAAGACCCAGUCAUCUCCGGUAUCAUAAAAGAACACACACUGGACAGAAAACUUAUUAAUGUAAUCAAUGCGGUAAAGUGUUUUCACCAGGGAUAAGUCUCCAAAUUCUGUGUGCUGGAGAGAAACAUAAUGAAUAUGAUCAUGAAUUAAGUGGGAGUUAGGAGGGUAUCAUAGUAGGAUAUGAUAGAUAGACAUGGGUGCUUGGGAUUAUUUCCAUUCUGGAGAUUUUUUUUUUUUAUGCUUUUGCAAAGAAGUUUGCUGCCCUUGUCUGAAGAGUUUCCUUGAGGUUAAGGUAAAGCUGUUUACACUAAUUGUAUUGACAAAUUAAGUCAUGAAAAUCACUGCAUAGAAUUUGGCCUGAAAGUUUUUAACAAGCAUAGAAACUAAGAAAGGAAAAAUUAAAAAAAAAGAAAGGUUCAAAAUACAAGGCAUCAUCAGGAAGUUGAAUGACGUUUAAUCUUCUGAUCAAGGAUAUUCAAUGGCAUUAAAGGAAUGGUUACAUUAGGACAAAAUUACAUUCAGCUAAAAAUAUGGAUUUGCAGUUGUAUGAAAGUGAACUGUAUCAUGUUAGGAAUUAUUAUUACCUGGAUACGAUUUUGAUGUAGAUACAUGAAGAUACAAUUAUGUGUCAAAUUGCCAAGAGAUAGAUUUGGAUUCUGAGUUCUGAAUUUAAAAUAUAAGCAGAAAGGCUUAGUUCCAGGCAUGGUGUUACAUGCUUUUUAACCAACCAUUCACGAGACAGAGUCAUGCAGAUCUUUGAGGUCAAGGUAGAUCUCUACGCAAGUUCCAGGAAUGUCAAGAUUAGGCAGUGAUAUAUUUGAAAUAUUGAAAGCUGCUGAUAAUGGAAUAGAAGGAGUCAUGUUCCAGCCAAGGUAAGCACCAGAACUCCGAGAAUUUUAUCCUGAAGUGGUGUUGAAUAUUGUCAGAGAAUUUUACAUUACCUCAUGAGAUGAUCGAUUCUUGGUUUUUCUUACACUUUAAUCCCAUUUUGUUGAACCAUCACUGCUUCUAGAAUGAAGCCUUCCUCAUUGUUAAUGGUGGACGAUCUUUUGUUGUGUUUUAUAUUUUAUUUUAUUUGUUUUAUCUUUUAAGUAUUUUUGAAUCUGUGGUUUUAGGGAUAAUUUGUCUGUAAUUCCCUUUAAUGGCUCAGUCUUUCCUGACUGGAUAUAUGAGUAAUCAGGGGUUCAGAAAAUAAAUUGACUAAUAUUUAUUUUGUUUCUAUAUUUUUGAAUACACUGAAUUCUUGUUAAAUCCUCUUUGAAAGUCUGGUAGGACGCUACCCUAAAACUCAUAGACGUGGGUUCAUAUUGGGGACAUAUUUUUAAUGAAUUCUGUUUUCCUUCAUGUUUAUGUCAGUUUAAGUUGUUUUUCUCUAGUUUAAUUUUGGGGUGUGGAAUCUAUUGAGGAAGUUAGCUAUUUCUUUUAGAAUUUCCAAGUUG